AUGACGACUCACACUGAUGAUCCCGAGGCUGCCGCUCGUGCCACUCUUGCCCUCCUCGAGACCAGGCUCCAUCGCGUGGAGUUUCUGCUCAGUGGUGCGAGUAACAACGAUGGAGUUCCGCCUGCAAUUGCGACUCCACGCUCAGGCAGCGAGACACUAAGGGCAAGAUUGGAUGCUCUCGAGGCUGGAGUUGCAAAACUGAAGAGACUGGCUGGGACUCCAGGGACGGUAAUACGAGAUAUUGAACGUUUGGCAUCCACAUUCCCAGAUCUCUUUGCUCCCACUGUCCCAACACACAACGGUGUAAAGUCGGAAGAGCUGAGCACACUCGCUUCGAUCGUCCUUGCCCAUGCUUCGCUAUAUCCCGAAACCGCCUCCAGAUUGUCCUCGUUGCAGACGCUGCACGUCCCACCAGCAGAGCAAAGUUCCGAACUGGUAUCGUUUGUGCCCAGGCUUAGGCAGCUAGAUCGAGAGGAGCAACGAUUACAAGACGAGGCUCGGGAGCUGCGAGAGCGCAGUGCCAGAUGCCUAGAAUGGUGGGUCAAGGUGGGAGUAGUAGGAAUGGGCAACGUAUGGCAAGACUGGGAAAAACGCAUGGCAGACGUGGAGAGACAUCUCAUACGUUGGGAACGACGAGCAAAGGAAGAGCAAGGAUACCUGUGA